UAAGGUUUGGAGUUUAUAGAGUUGAAAGUUAACCUGCGUGGCCAAUCCAAAAUCACCCAAAGUUUGGCGAUCAAUUUCAAGUUUAGCAUGCCAACUCUCUCCCCUUAAAAGGUUGUGCAACUGUCUGAAUUAUUUACAAAAGCUCCUAUCUUCGUGGGCUGGGCUGCUCUUUCUCUUUGCUCUACCUACCACAUCGCAUCCACAUGCUUCUCCGCUGUACUGUUAUCACCCCCAUUUUAUCGUAUUUUAAUUGUUUAUUACCAAGUUUCACAUUGGGUUACUACCAUUAAUCUUCUUUUUUUCUUUAUAAGCCUACUGUCUCUCGCCUUUCUUCUCCCCCACACAUUCAAAAUCCUAUUCCUUUUCUCCUUUUUCUUUUUCUCAGACAAGAUGGGUUCUCAGGGAUCGGUUAUGGCUAUGCUUUUGCUGAUGAUGUUCACUUUAUCAUCAGCUUCCGACAUGUCCAUUAUAUCCUACGAUGAAGCCCAUCCCGACAAGUCAACGUCUAGUUGGAGAACAGACGACGAAGUUAUGGCCAUGUACGAGGAGUGGCUUGUAAAGCAUGGAAAAACAUACAACGGUUUGGGUGAGAAAGAGAGGAGGCUCCAGAUUUUUAAGGAUAACCUUAGGUUCAUCGAUGAACAUAACGCCGAUGAGAGUCACAGUUUUAAGGUUGGUUUGAACCGCUUUGCUGAUCUUACCAACGAGGAGUACCGAGCCAUCUACUUGGGAAUCAAGAAACCCAACCGGAAAGUUUCCAAGGCCAGUGACCGAUACGCCCCGCUUCUCGGCCAAAAGUUGCCCGAUUCCGUUGAUUGGAGGGAAAAAGGGGCUGUCGCUGAAGUCAAAGAUCAAGGAAGUUGCGGGAGUUGCUGGGCUUUCUCGACUAUUGCUGCUGUGGAAGGGAUAAACCAGAUUGUUACAGGCGAACUCCUUUCACUAUCUGAGCAGGAGUUGGUGGAUUGUGAUACAUCUUACAAUGAAGGUUGCAAUGGGGGUCUCAUGGAUUAUGCCUUUGAAUUCAUCAUCAAAAAUGGUGGCAUUGACACCGAAGAAGAUUACCCUUACACCGCUCGUGACGGUACAUGUGACCCUUACCGGAAAAAUGCUAAAGUUGUUUCGAUCAAUGAUUAUGAGGAUGUUCCGGUAAAUGACGAGAAAGCAUUGAAAAAGGCAGUCGCGAAUCAACCGGUGAGCGUUGCCAUUGAGGCAGGAGGAAGGAGUUUCCAGUUAUAUCAAUCAGGUAUAUUUGAUGGAAAAUGUGGAACACAACUAGACCACGGUGUCACUGCUGUUGGAUAUGGCACAGAGAAAGGUAAAGACUAUUGGAUUGUAAAGAACUCAUGGGGAAGCAGCUGGGGAGAAGCAGGCUAUAUCAGGAUGGCAAGGAAUGUGGCCAAUACCGUAACUGGCAAAUGUGGGAUCGCGAUGGAAGCCUCUUAUCCGAUCAAAACAGGUGAAAAUCCCCCCAAUCCCGGACCGUCUCCACCAUCUCCUAUAAAGCCUCCGACCGUGUGCGAUAGUUAUUAUUCCUGUCCCGAGAGCAAUACCUGCUGCUGCAUAUACGAGUACUAUAACUACUGCUUUGCUUGGGGAUGCUGCCCACUCGAGGCUGCCACUUGCUGCGAAGAUCGCUACAGCUGCUGCCCUCAUGACUACCCUGUCUGCAACAUACAUGAAGGCACCUGCUUGAUGAGCAAGGGCAAUCCUUUGGCAGUGAAGGCACUGAAGCGCACUCCAGCUAAACCGUUCUGGGCACAUUGAAAGCCUGGGAUUGUAAUGCAGUAGAUGAUGGGUUACAAGGGAGAAGAUGAAAGCUUGACAGUGCUUAGCAAUCUCCUUGGGUCUAAUAUCAGUAGAUGGAUGGUGACAAUUAUGUAUAUAGUAUCCUAUUUAUAACCCAUGGUGUAUUUGGGAAAUGGAUAGAAUAUUUCCAAUUUCUGUAUAUCAUGUCAUCAUUUAGCAAUGACUUUGAAAAAAUUCUAUUCCUGCUUUAAAA